UUGAUGUCCUACUAUACGAGAUUUUUUACUUUUUGUUUGAAAAUCUUAUAUAACAAAGGAAAUUGAAAUAAAAAUACGAAAGGGUAAAAAAUCUGGGUUUUCAACCAUUGGCAUGUUUUUUAAAAUUGAAAAAUCUCAUUUAAAUUCACCUUCACGUUCGUACACCCCGUCACCGAAGUAUAUCUCUGUUCUUCAAGGUACGCGUCUGAACUCUUGCUUUCUCUGGAACAAAAUUUCGAAAAAUUUCCCAGUCAUUCACUGAUUGACUGCCCAACGUUGCUUGUCUUGAUUUAUUGGAAUUCCAUUCCAAUGUAUUAAAAAAAUUAUUUGUUUUCUCCAUGACUGUGAUCUUCCUUACAAUUGAAGCUAUGGAUAUUUUCAUUUUUGACUAGGAUAGGAAGGACCAGCCUGUGAUUGUCCUCCCCUUUGCUGUUUUCUACUUUUGAUUCUCUUAUUUUUUUUUUGUUUUUUAUUAUCUCAGAUUUGAAAAAGAUGUAUUUGAAGUACCAGACCGGCUUAUAACAGGUGAAACCUGUUCUUAAGAACAAGGGCUCUCAUCAAUUGAGGUCUUAAUAUACCUGGACUUAAGUACACUAGCUCGACCAACAAUUUUAAAAAAGUCCCACAAGAUCACCCUACCUCUUGUGUGCACUAGUUUUAUGUUGAGUUUUAUACUUUUCUGCAUAUAUAUGAAUUACUGAAUUUGUUUAUUCUUUGUAUGAUUUUGUAAUUACAAUUGAAAAAGAAAUUUACUAUUUGUAUGAACUGAUUAACUAUGUGAUUGUCAAUUAGUUUAGUAUUGAUUUAUUGUCAUAAGAAAUUUGCUUCAGUUUAACAACUAGCAAGAACUAAGAAAUUUGUAGGUUUAUUAUUGACUCAGUACCACUUGGGCCAUCACCUCGUUUGUUUAUUUUUCGAACCGAGGCUCUCUUUUCUGUUUGGGACUCACCAACGCUCUGUUUAAAUUUUACUCAUUUAUAAUAAAUUCAGGCAAAUGUUCCCCGACAUUUGCCUGCCCGAAAGGAUGAACCAUCGGGACAAAAAAAAAUUGACUCAGUAAUAUUUUUACAUAAAAAUAAUUAAUUCAUAAAAAUACACACAUCUAAGUAUUGAUUUAUAUAUAUAUAUAUAUAUAUUUAAUCAUUGUUCUAAAACUCCCUAGGUGCUAAUCCGGCGGUUGAGGGGCGCCUAGGCGGCUGAUUAGGCCGAUUUUUUUACUGACUAGGCCUCUACAGUUAGGGCCGACUAGGCCGAUUAAUCGGUCCGACUAGGCCAAUUUUUAGAACAAUGUUUUUAAUAGAUGGAAAACGAUAUAUACUAUAAAUGUGGGUCCCUCUACUUCACUUUUGAAGCAAGGUCUAUCAAAUACAUUAGAAGGUUCUGUGAAGUGCUACAUAAUUCCUAACUCAUGUUUACGGCAGUAGGCCAGUAGCCAGCUAUUAUUAUGAUGGUUGGGUUUACACUUAGUUGAUGUUGCUGACGGCGGCUGCGGCAUUGUUUGUUGUUGGCGGCGUAAGUGGUCAGUUGUAAUGGGUGAUUGCAGUGGGUGCUGUGGUGGGCCGUGGUGAUAGGCCUAGAUCAUACGUAAAUUGCUAGAAUAUAUAAAUAUUUAAGAAUUAGAACAAUUGGUUGGGAUAUGUAUAGUCCACGUGACUUACAUGUUCAGACUUCAGAUGUGCUAUUUGCCGAAGGAAUGAAAUCUUUUUUGAGUAUAUAAUUACGUGCUUAUAAGACCAAACUCAAGUGACAUGAUUGCUCUAACCUCGAUAUGAAUGAUUAUAUAUAAUGAAGAGAUUCUGGAGGUUUAGUCCUGUUCUAAAGAAGAAUGCACCUAUAAUAUGAAGAGUAUAUGCAGAUUUAGUCCUGUUUAAUAUUUGGCAAUUUUAUUUGUUAAUAAUGAUAUCAUAGAGGUGGGGAUGCUCUUUGUUUUGAAACUGUUAUCAGAUCCAAUAACAGUUUUUAACUGCAGGUUCUAUCUUCUCACAUACUCUGUACUAUAUCGUUUAUGGAUCCUCCGUUCAGUGGGUUGCCCGACUCUGUAAAAACAUCACGUCUGGAAGAUGGAUUCUUCUUUUCUAGCAGCUUUCAGCUAUCUGAUGAUACCCCUAACAAUUGCUUUUUAGCUUCUCUGGAUUUCAUGAAUAACCAUUUGACUGCCACACCCCCUUCCAACCUUUUCUCUUCUCUACCUGGAGAGUUAUACUCGCCAAAUGGUGAUGACCCUGUCGCCAAGUACCUCAACCAGAUACUACUGGAGGAAAACAUCAAUGAGAAACCUUGUAUGUUCCAUGAUGCAAUUGCUCUUAAAGAUGCUGAUGAAUCCUUCUCUAAGGACCCUCCCCCUUCUAGCAAUACUUCUGACCCGGCUCAGUGGACUGUUGAUCCUUCUGAAUCAUCUGAGAGCUCAAAUUGUUCUUUAAAUACGAACAAUAUCCAAGUGCUAAAUGCUGAUGACCAUGGACACAUGUUUAGUGACUCGGAGGCUGUACUGCUGUUCAAGAGAGGAAUGGAAGAAGCAAAUAAAUUUCUCCCUGCUGCUAAUAAUUUUUUUACUGACCUCGACAUUUCACUCAAUAAUACUUCUAGAGGAAAGAAGCAUCAGCAUCCGGACGAAAACAGGUUUGAAGAUGAAAGGAGCAGCAAGCAAUCUGCAGUUUAUGUGGAGGAGGAGUUAUCGGAGGCGUUUGAUCAGGUUUUGCUGUCUGAUCCUAAAUUUCCAAGUCGCGUGAAGGAUAGUCAGCCUGAAAUAGUUGGGAAAGGUAUGCCACACUGUGACGGGAAAAGGCGUGCAAGGAUGCAGCAACAACAACAGCAGGAGGAAGAUACAACAACGGAAGCUGUAGAUCUGCAGACUCUUUUAUUGAGCUGUGCACAAUCAGUUGCUAUUAAUGAUCGCAAGUCUGCAAACGAACAACUAAAACAGAUUUGGCUUCACUGCUCACCCAACGGUGAUGCUGACCAGAGGCUAGCAUACUUUUUAGCACGCGGUCUCGAGGUGCGUUUGACCGGCACAGGGACCGAGCUUUAUAGAUCCGGAGCCCCUAAGGGAAUCACUGCUUUUGAUAAGUUAAAAGCAUACCAGGUCUACAUGUCAACAUGCCCUUUCAAGAAGAUUGCAAUAGACUUUGCAAAUAAGAUGAUUUACAUGGCGUCAUCCAAAGCUAAAACACUACACAUCAUAGAUUUCGGCAUUCAUUAUGGUUUCCAGUGGCCCAUCCUUCUCCAACAUCUUUCAAACAGGCCUGGUGGGCCUCCUAAACUUCGCUUUACUGGAAUUGAUUAUCCAAAACCUGGUUUUAGGCCUUCCGAAUUGAUAGAAGAGACUGGACGCCGCCUGGCAAAGUAUUGCGAGCGCUUUGGUGUUCCAUUUGAGUACAAUGCUAUAGCGACUCGGAAUUGGGAGACAAUUAAAAUCAAAGAUUUGAAGCUUGCAAGAAGAGGUGAGGAAAUUGUUGCUGUGAACUGCUCAUUUCGGUUUAAAGACGUUUUUGAUGAGAUUGAGGUGAUGGGGGAGAGUCCUCGUGACGCAGUCCUAAGGCUAAUCCGGAAAGUCAACCCAAGUAUUUUUGUGCAAGCUGUUGUCAAUGGAUCAUACGGUUCUCCAUUUUUUGCUUCUAGGUUCCGUGACGCUCUCUACCACUACUCUUCAUUUUUUGAUAUUUUUGACACUCUAUUACCCCGUGAUGAUCCGCAGAGGCUUCAAUUUGAGGAUGAUCACUUUGGGCGGGAGGCGUUGAAUGUGAUUGGAUGUGAGGGCACAGAGAGGGUUGUGAGGCCUGAGACAUACAAGCAGUGGCAGUGGAGGAACAGUAGAGCUGGGUUUAAGCUUCUUCCCUUGAACCCGGGACUGAUGGCUGAGUUGAAAAAAAAGUUGAAGGCUGGUUACCACAAACAGUUUCUUCUUGAUGAAGAUGGUGACUGGAUGGUACAGGGGUGGAAGGGGCGGGUUCUGUGUGCUAGCUCAUGUUGGGUGCCUGCAAAAUAGAGUGACGCACGGCGGCACCAUAGGUCAGCGUCCUUGCCUAGGGUGGGGGGUUUGGAUGUAUUGCUCAAAUCAUCACUAGUUCACAAAAUAGCAACAUAAUCACAUUCCCCUUCCUUCUCGCAAAGGUCUUGGACCAGAUGAGGUACAGAUCCUACAUGUGUCGUAAACCGUCAGAGUAUGUCAUAUGUACUUGAAUAUUUUAUGUUUAUCCAUUAAUGAAGUUCUGGAUUGUUUUUCCAGUAUUUUUAGUUUCGUUUAAUUUUAUUUGGUCCCGAAUUAAUAUACUAGUAGCUAAUA